AUUUUUCUCUUCGCGGCUUUGCAGUUUAAUAUUCCAAAUUCUAACGUCAUAUUUUGUACUCCGUGAUCUUAUAUUUUAUAACUCUGUUGAAAGAUAAAUUACAAUUUAUUCAAUAUUCAUUAUAAAAGUCGAUGAAAAAAAGUUACUUAUCAAUGCGUUUUAUUUACCUAUAUUAAAACAUAAUAUUGUAGUAUACAAUUUUUCAUAGCAAUAGUAAUAUUGUAAAAAAUUAGAUUUAGCAGGUACCUUAUACCCAUUGAUAAUUGAUGGAUACUCAAGAAAAAAUUAUGGAAAUCAAUCAACCUAUACAUUUUAAAGACUUAAGACUCGUUUGUUCAUGCUCUGAUGAUUUCCUCGUGAAUGACAAAGAAUUUCAGCAAUGUUUAAAAGGAUGCAAAUGGUCAGCUGAUGGUCUGAGUAUUUUGACAAAUAGUGAAGAUAGAAGACUUCGAAUUUUCAAUAUUGAAACAGACGAAAUAGAUCAAUGUAAAAAACAACUUCGUAAAGUCAAUGAGAUAAAAGAAGGCGGAACUAUAUACGAUUAUGUAUGGUACCCAAAUACUGUGCAAAAAAGCGAUAACGUAAAGUUAAUUUUAAGUACUAGCAGUCGAUCACCUAUUCACCUCUGGAAUUCUGUAGAUGGACAAUUAGAAGCAACAUAUAGAGUAUAUGAUCAUGUUGAUGAAGUUGCACAUGUUAACUCAUUAUGUUUUAACUGGUCUGGAGAAGAAAUUUACUGCGGUAGUUAUGGCAAAUUAAAUAUCUUUCGUACAGACCGUCCGGGACGUGAAUUUAUUGAAAUAUCUACUAAAACACAUUUGCAUAGAUCUAUCAUAUCGACCAUAGCUAUGAAUCCAGUAGACAAGAGUAUUUUUGCUGUUGGUACAUAUAGUAAAGAUAUUGGUAUUUACGGCGGUAAUCAACUGAUGUGCAUAUUAAGGGGACAUAAGUCAGGAAUUACCCAAUUACAAUUUUCACCUGAUGGGUUGAAAUUAUAUUCAGGGAGCAGAAAAGGUGAUAAUGAUAUUGUAUGUUGGGAUUUAAGGAAUGUUGGACAAACUUUAUAUUCUGCUGAAAGAACAGUGACUACUAAUCAAAGAAUUUGUUUUGACAUUUCAUCGGAUGGACAAUAUUUAGUUUCAGGUAAUUGUACAGGUGAAAUUAGUACUUGGAAACUAGACCAGAAUAUUGAAAAGUCUGAUGGCGUAGAAAGUGUUCUUACUUUAAAUUCUAAAAUUCCUGUUCAUAAUGAUUGUGUCAAUGGUGUCAGUUUGCAUCCAACUCUUCCUUUAUUAGCAACAGCAUCUGGACAGAGGCACAAUGAAGAAAAUGAUGAAGAUGAACAAUUAAUAUUAAAAGACACUGACAUUAGUUUAAAACUUUGGGAGAUAAUUUAAAUUACAAAUUAAAAAUUAAUAACUUAUAUUGUCA